UUUCAGUUCAAGAACAUGAUCGAAGAUGACCCUGAUGGAGUUCUCUCAGACUGGAACCUCAAUAUGACCCCAUGCAAAUGGCAUGGAGUCACUUGCACCCAGGGUCGAGUCACUCAACUUGGCCUAACUGAGUCUGAUCUGGUGGGUUCGAUCACUUUCUCUCCUUUCUCAUCUUUAGAUAUGCUAACUCUCUUGAAUCUGUCUGAAAACCCAGAUCUGUUCAUCAACUCAACUUCUAUAUUUCAACUCCCAUUUGGGUUAGAACAGCUUAUACUAUCCAACUCUGGAAUCACAGGUUCCAUUCCUGAUAAUUUUUUGGUCAAAUUCAAGAAUCUUGCUGUCAUCAAUCUUUCCAAGAACAAUCUAACUGGUUCUUUACCUGAAACCCUUGUGUCGAAUCCUGAUUCGGUUCAAGUUCUUGAUUUAUCUUCAAAUAGUAUCGUUGGACGCAUUCCUAUUGCGAUUUCUAACUACACCAAUCUCAAGAAUUUGAAUCUGUCGUACAAUUUGAUCACUGGUAACAUACCGAUAGCUUUGGGGAAUCUAAAAAGGUUACAGAUUUUUGGGUUUUCGCAUAAUCAACUCACUGGUUGGAUUCCUGAAGAGUUGGGUAACACAUGUGAAUCAUUGCUAGAACUCGGGCUUUCUUUUAAUAACAUUACUGGCACCAUUCCGGGUUCGUUUUCAUCGUGUUCUUGGCUUCGGGUUCUUGAUCUUUCCAACAAUAAUCUGACAGGUCCGUUACCUGAUUCCAUGUUUCAGAAAAUGGCUUCUUUAGAACGAUUGGUUUUGAGUAAUAACAAGAUUUCUGGGCCGUUUCCAUCGACGAUUUCGUUCUGCCAGAAGUUAAAGGUUGUGGAUUUCAGCUCCAAUAUGCUGUCAGGAACCAUCCCAUCUGGGAUAUGUCCUGGAGCUGCUUCACUCGAAGUGCUUCGUGUACCAGAUAAUCUGAUUUCUGGCGAAAUACCCGAAAAUUUAUCGCAGUGUUGGAAGCUAAAAACGAUUGACUUGAGCUUGAACUACCUCAAUGGCACGAUUCCGGCUGGAAUUGGGAAUCUAGAGAAUCUAGAGCAGCUGAUUGCUUGGUACAAUGGAUUGGAAGGGAAUAUUCCGGUGGAGUUGGGGAAAUGCAAGAAUCUGAAGGAUCUUAUUCUGAAUAACAAUCAACUCUCAGGGAGAAUUCCAGUGGAAUUGCUGAAUUGCAGUAAUCUUGAAUGGAUUUCCUUCACAAGCAAUUCACUUUCCGGUGAAAUUCCACCAGAGUUUGGCCGGUUAUCGAGGCUGGCGGUGUUACAACUAGCAAAUAACAGCCUGAGUGGUAAGAUUCCGACGGAAUUGGGAAACUGUAGCAGCUUAGUUUGGUUAGAUUUGAAUAGUAAUAAACUGACCGAUGAAAUCCCACCUCGAAUCGGUAGGCAUAUCGGAGCACAACCAUUGAUCGGAAUUCUAUCUGGAAAUACUAUAGUUUUCGUCAGGAAUAUCGGAAAUUCUUGCAAAGGAAUUGGUGGUUUACUGGAAUUUGCCGGAAUCCGCCCCGAAAGACUGUUACAGGUUCCGACGUUGAGAACCUGCGACUUUACAAGAAUGUAUUCCGGCCCGAUUUUGAGCCUCUUUACGCAGUAUCAAACUCUAGAGUAUCUUGAUCUUUCGUACAACGAUCUUAGCGGCAAAAUCCCGGAUGAAUUUGGCGAAAUGAUCGCGUUACAAGUUCUUGUUUUGUCACAUAAUCGAUUAUCCGGUGAGAUUCCGGACACAUUUGGCCACCUCAAGAACAUGGGCGUUUUCGAUGCUUCACAUAAUCGUCUUCAAGGUCCUAUUCCAGAAUCAUUUACGAACCUAUCGUUUCUGGUUCAGAUUGAUCUUUCCAACAACGAGCUAACCGGGCAAAUCCCGACAAGAGGGCAACUCAGUACGCUACCAGAGAGUCAGUAUGCGAACAAUACUGGACUCUGUGGUGUUCCGUUGCCGGAAUGCCGCACAAUGAACAACCAGGCGGAGGAUCCUGGCGGUGAUGGGCGGAGAUACAAUGGUGGUGGUGGACAAUCAUCCGCUAAAACUUGGGCUAACAACAUCAUAAUGGGAAUUCUCAUUUUGGUUGCUAUAGUUUGUUUAUUAAUCGUUUGGGCCGUCGCUAUGCGAGUGAAACGAAAGGUGGUUGAAGAACAAAAAAUGCUCCAGAGACUGCAAGCUGCUCAUUCGGCCACGACAUGGAAGAUCGAAAAGGAAAAAGAACCGUUGAGCAUAAACGUGGCCACGUUCCAGAGACAACUGCGGAAACUGAAGUUUUCGCAGUUGAUUGAGGCCACCAAUGGGUUUUCGUCAGAGAGCUUAAUCGGAUGUGGUGGCUUUGGAGAAGUUUUCCGCGCAAAACUAAAAGAUGGAUCGAGUGUCGCGAUCAAGAAACUCGUUCGCUUGAGUUGCCAGGGCGAUCGUGAAUUUAUGGCCGAAAUGGAGACCCUAGGCAAAAUCAACCACAAGAACCUCGUACCGUUGUUAGGAUAUUGCAAAAUCGGCGAAGAACGACUUCUCGUUUACGAAUUCAUGGAAUUCGGUAGCCUCGACGAGAUGAUCCACCGACGCUCGAUAAACGGCGCGUCCGACCGCAAGGUCUUGGGCUGGGACGAGCGUAAAAAGAUUGCGAGAGGUGCCGCGAAAGGGCUCUGCUUCUUACACCAUAAUUGCAUCCCGCACAUCAUCCAUCGCGAUAUGAAAUCGAGCAACGUGUUGCUCGACCAUGAAAUGGAGGCUCGUGUCUCCGAUUUCGGGAUGGCAAGGCUAAUCAACGCUCUCGACACGCAUCUAAGCGUCAGUACGCUCGCCGGCACCCCCGGGUACGUCCCGCCUGAAUACUACCAGAGCUUCAGGUGCACCGCAAAGGGCGAUGUGUAUUCGUUAGGCGUUGUGUUCUUGGAACUUUUGUCCGGAAAACGACCGACGGAUAAAGAGGAUUUCGGGGACACCAAUUUGGUGGGGUGGACGAAGAUGAAGGUCCGAGAAGGGAAAUCGAGAGACGUUAUCGACCCGGAAUUGUUAUCGAGGGCCGAAGAAGGAGAGAGGGAGGAUGUUAAGGAAAUAGUGAGGUUUUUGGAAGUAACAUUGCAAUGUGUUGAUGAUUUCCCAUCAAGGAGGCCAAGUAUGUUGCAAGUCGUGACGUUGCUACGAGAUCUAAACGUGCCUACAAAUCCUGUUGCACGAGAGACGUAGUAAAUUCUGAUUUAUUAAUUAAGAUUCGUGUUUUUAUUUUGAGAUAAUUGAAGGGUUGUUAAAUUUGAAGUCAAA